GAAGUGUGUAUAAAAAAACUUUAUUAGCAAACAACAAACGUGUUUGAAACACACCUCCAUAUUCUGUCAUGCAGGUGGUCACGUUGUUUUAUUGAGUUUAUGGUUUUAUUUUAACCAAGCUGCUCACGCGACACACAUUUUACGCUCAGCUUUAGAUCUUUCUGUGGAAGAUGCUUCUCCGGACAUUGUGGUCCAGACUGGGAGCUCAGUGGGCUGCAGACAGCAGACCAGUUUUUAUUGCUACCUCAACCACCUUCUCCCAAUUCUACAAAUAUGAACCAAGAAGAACUCAGACUGGAUCGUUGAUCUUCUCAAGGACCUGUCAUUUAAGUGCUCCUCAUCAGCAGCAGAUGAUGUCAUAUAAUGAAUAUGAUCCACCUGCUUUCUGGAGAUGUAAAAGUCCAAACCUUCCUCUUUUAACUCACUCCGUGACCAACUGUGGAGUCGGACAGAUGUGUUUUUAUUCAUCCAGCAUUAUAAAGUCUGUCUUAACACCCAGUUUAAAACCAACAACAGUCCCUGGAAAACGGGCCCCCAAAGGACCACGCACUAAGCAGCCGUCUCGGGCCAACCAACCUUCAGUUAAUGAGGAUCAGGACAUGAUGCAAUGCAUCGCCUUUGCUACAGCGGAUCAGUAUCACCUACCAACACUCAGCCAUGACUUGAUAAACCACGGCUUCCGUGAGGUUGAUUUACCAAGAGAUGCAUCAAAUGUGCUGGUGAUCAGCACCGACGUGGCUGCAAAACCUGAUGAUGACGCACUCAUAUUUUUAUUCAGAGAGGGAUCCGUGGUUUUCUGGAAUGUUGAGGAGAAAACGAUGAAGAAGGUUUUGAGGUUAUUGGAACAUCACGAGAUCCAGCCGUAUGAAGUGGCUUUAGUGUACUGGGAGAACGAGGAGAUCAACUACACUGUUGGAGAAGGGAACACAAAACUUGAACGGGGCAAUUUCGUUCUCAGUGACCAGAUGGCUCAACACCAGGCUGUUCUGGAGAAAUUUGCUUUUUCUAAUGCUCUCUGUUUAUCUGUGAAGUUGGCAAUAUGGGAGGUAGCUUUAGACAGCUUUGUCGAGUCAAUUCAGUCGAUUCCAGAGACGCUAAAGUCUGGCAAAAGAGUUCAGCUGUCUUCUGCAGAAGUGAUGCAGAAAAUUGGAGAGCUUUUUACGUUGAGACAUUGUAUAAACUUGAGGUCCGACCUGCUCCUCACACCUGACUUCUACUGGGACAGAGAAAACCUGGAAAAGCUCUACGACAAGACGUGUCAGUUCCUCAGCAUCAACCGCAGAGUCAACGUCGUGAAUGAGAAGCUGGAGCAUUGCACUCAGCUGACAGACCUGAUGAGGAGCCAUCUGAGUGAGAAGCACAGCCUGAGGUUGGAGUGGAUGAUCGUCAUCCUGAUUACCAUCGAGGUCAUGUUUGAACUCGCAAAGAUGAUCUUCUAAACUUCUGCUCCGAGAAAACGCGUCCUGCUGCUCUUCAUGAAGGUAUCCAUUCUGGGAUAAGACUUAGAAUCCCAGAGAGGAGCUGCUCUCAUUUUAUUCUUUUGUUUUGUUGCACUGAUGUUAAUAAAUUAAUGUUUCAACAAUA